CUUCCCGCUUUAUGGAUAGAAAUAAAAAAUAUGUGGUGUAGUUUUUGCUUCUUGUCUUCAAGUCUCAAAUAAGUUCGCUUACCAUAUCCACCCAUAUUUUCUUAUUUUCAAUAAAUAAAUAACUGAAAUGACUUCUAAAAGUGAAAAAGAUCGAGCUAAACAAAUCCAAGAUCGAUGUCAGAAUAUAUUGAUGCAAAUGCUAAAGGACGAAGAUAACAAAUACUGUGUUGAUUGUGACGCCAAGGGUCCACGAUGGGCGUCAUGGAACCUCGGUAUUUUCCUGUGCAUUCGCUGCGCCGGUAUCCAUCGUAAUCUUGGCGUUCAUAUUUCCAAAGUGAAGAGCGUCAACCUGGACUCCUGGACACCGGAGCAAGUGGUAUCUCUACAGCAGAUGGGUAACUCCCGUGCCCGUGCAGUAUAUGAAGCUAAUCUCCCGGACUCGUUCCGUCGGCCACAGAGUGAUUCCUCGCUCGAAGGCUUCAUACGAGCUAAGUACGAACAGAAGAAGUACAUCGCUAAGGAAUGGGUGCCUCCCACACUGCCUAAAGUCAACUGGGACAAAGAGAUAGAUGAAGAAUUGGAGCGGCAAAAGAGAAAAAAAAAGUCGACCACAUCUACGCUGGGACCACUCCCCGCGCCUACAGUCGGCGACAAGAAGUACAACAAAUCAGAUGUUAUACCGAGCUUACCUAAGCCAAAAUCAUCAGUUAGUCCUAAAUUAGGCAGGAGUACACCAACCAGUAGCCAGACGGACACCAGUAAAAGUUCUAAUGGCUCAGCUGAUCUGCUCGGUUUAGACACUGGGAAAACAGAAAUUAAAACAACCACAAACGACGAUAUAUUCUCCAGUUUCUUCUCAGCACCACAAGAGAAACCAGCCGAAGUUCCGAAACCGGAGCCGAAGUCCGAUUUGAAAGCGGAAGAGGAGAAUUUCUUCAAACAGGCCGCUCCGACAGAGAAAGAGAAAUCUAAACUAACUAAAGAUAGUAUACUGGCACUAUAUAGUCAAACACCUAAUACUAAUUUAGUGAAUCAAUUUAGUUCCGUUCCUCCCGGACAACCUCAAGCCUUCCCGUUUGCUCCAACUUACCAAACCCCCAUGUAUAAUAAUAUGCCAAUGCAAAAUGGUAUGCAACAAUUCAAUCAAUUUCAACCAAUUAAUAACCAAUUUCAACAGUUUAACCCUCAGAUACCCCCUCAAAUGCAAACAAAUCCCCCUUUCCCACAGAACAACCAAUUCUUCAGUAACCAACCUAUCCAACAACCUCAACAGUUAACUCAGCAAUUUGGUAGCUUAAACCUAGGGCAAAGUUUUCCUACUGCAUUUGGACAGCCGAACACAAAUGUUGCCAGUAACACGUCAUGGCAAUAAAUGUUGCCAGAUUCAUCAACAAUUAAAAUAUUGUUUACGCGUUUUCUCUAAUAACGUCGCCUUAUUUCAAUUUGUCAAAAAACUUAGAUUAUGCUCACUUUUGUGUAGUAAAAACAAUAGUAAUCUUCUAUUUCUUGUUAUUCCAUUGACAAUAAUACUAAUCAUUAUAGUCAGUGUGUUUGACACAAUAGUUUCAAUUUAAAAAAAAAA